GCCUCGUCACCACAGCAUCCACUGUGAUCGUGGGACACCUUGGCGAGAGGGAGCUGGCCGCUGUAGGCUUGGCCAUUAGCUUGGCCAACGUUUCGGGCUACACGGUGUUGGUGGGACUUUCGUCCACCCUGCAAACCACCGCCGGGCAAGCCUUUGGUGCAAAGAACUUUGAGGAAGUCUCCCUGAGCCUCCAGCGAUGUUUGAUUCUUUGCAGCAUUGUCCUGGGUGCUGUUGGAGCACUCUGGCUCAACAGCAAGUGGCUGCUGGUGACUACCGGGCAAGAGGAGGCGAUCGCUUGCCUGGCGGCUACCUACUUGAAAUAUCUCUUCCCUGGCCUUUGCUGCUACAUGGUGACCAUAUGCUUGGAGAACUGGCUGGCAGCACAGCGAGUUACGAAGAUGCAAGGGACUGGAGGAGUCAUACUCUUAGCAGGCUUCGUUCCAUUGUGCUGGUUUCUGGUGCACCCGAUGGCUCUGGGAACCGAUGGCGCAGCAAUUGCAACCUCCUUGGGGCAUUUGUUCCUCAUGCUUUGGAUGGUUGGACAGACUUUGCUUGCCACACGAUCUUCCUUGACAAUGUCCUGGCAGGGCCUCUCCAGACGGGCAUUUACGAGCUGGUACCCCUUCCUGCGCUUGGCAGUUCCGAGCCUCUUCGUGAUCUCAAAGCGAUGGGCCACGGAGAUCAUAGUGCUUCUCUCUGGAACGCUCCCGGAUCCUGAAGCCAACUUGGCAGCUAUGACUAUCUUUGCCAACACUUGCGCGAUCCUUUCAAUGCCGCCGUUGAGCUUGGGAUGUGCGGGGAACACGCGCGUCAGCAACGAGCUGGGUGCGGGGUGUCCCUGGGCGGCGCACUUCGCGGCUAAGGUCAACUACAGUUUGGGGCUUUGCCUGGCGUCCUUUUUGUCUGCGGUGAUGCUAACGGGGCGAUGCUUCUGGCUCCACCUGAUCACGCGCGAGAAGGAGGUCUUGGAUCACACCAAGCAUAUCUUGGUUAUCUGCCCUCUCUACGUGGCCUUUGACUGCAUGUGCACGGUUACGAACGGCGCCUUGAAGGGCUGCGGUC